GAGUGCAACAGCCGGCAUCGAAGGAUAGCGCAGCUUCACAAACAGAGCAAAAAGUCGAGCUUUCCAAGAGCGAUACUCAUGAGAGACGUUGGUCCUUGGUGCCGCGUCAAGACCGUUUUCGACAGCGAAACAGCAACAGCACGCCACAAUCGAGGACGCCUGAGUUUUUCAGAGAAUUGGUAGAUUCCUGUGGAUUCACCGGUUCUCGGGGGCAGAAGCGUUGCGCAUUGCGUGCUGGAAAAGCCGGACUCUGGUUAGCGGCUCCAGUAGAACAUGAAGAGGACGGAGGUGAGCGAGUAGUGAAAGAAGAACUUUUCUAUGCACCUUUCCCAGAAGAAGAGGCUCUUACGACUUCAUCGACUUCAUCGACCUCGUCUGGAGAAGGGACCGCAUCGUCUUCACCUGCUGCUAAAGCACGUGCAGAAUUCUUAGCGUUCGUAGCUGAUAUGACGACUCAGCAGCAGCAGUUGUCCAGCACCCCAUCUAGUACGUCUACUGCCUCAUCUUCUACAUCGUCCACUGCCUCAUCUUCUACAGCGUUUGUAGCUGGGAUGACAUCUUCUACAUCUUCCACUUCUGAUGUUUCUGAUGCUGGAGGUGCUUUCACUCGCUUGCGGGCUUUUUUGCUUUCGGAACUGCGCAAAGUAGUGAGCGUUAGCCGAAGCAGUCCUGCUGAGGUCAAGUCCGCCUUACUACAGGGACAGGAAGAAGAUGUUGACGAGGAGGAUUUUCUGACUACCUUCGAAUUUUCGCGUGCUCAGGGGAUGUGUUCCUCCGGUCCCUGGUUUUUCCAGGUGCCAGACGUUGUUUUGGCUUCGAUUAACCGCUUCCUAGAGAAAAUGCGAACCGUUGCACUGUCUAGGCGAAAUCAGGCUUGGCGCACUUUGUGUGCUGAUGUUGUCAAAGGUCGCUGGGAGGAGGAUCAGGGUGGAGGUGGACCACAUGGAGGAGAUGCUACUUCUAUGCAGGACGAUCAGGUUGCUGAAGAAGAAGAGGUUGAACAGGCUAGCGGCCCCAGCGGGAGCCCAAGUACUUCGUGCGCACGAGGUGGAUCUUUGUCUCGUAGUUGUUCUGAAGCAAGUAGCCUUGCAGGUGCGGGGAAGAAUGGUAGAGGCGUUGCUGGAGGUGUUGGUAAUGGACAGGAGGCUUCGAGUUCGCCAGAGGAGUUUUUGUCCGAUAUUGAGGCUGCAGCGAGAAGCAAUAGGAGUACCUCUGGGUUGAUGGGUCGACGUCGAUCGAGUUUGAAUGGAGGACUCACAGGCGAGGCGCGGCGUCUCUUCUCGUCGACUGUUAGAAAAGUGAGCUUUUCGAGUCUGCAGUUCUUCCGAUCGGAGCCGGUCGGCCACAAGCUGGGAUUUUUCGAGACUGCGGACGAAGUAAGGACUCGGUAUGAGCAGCAACAGCAAGAAGCACAAGCGGAGGAGCUGGCCGCAGAGGCGGAAGUAGAACGCGCGCAGGCAAGACUCUCGGUAGCACAGGGCAGUGUCGAGGAACCUCAGAGGCGGCGUCUCCAAGAAGACGUUGUGGCAGCAACGAAGAAACUAGCUGCAGCAAGGGAACGUCGUGCACAGCUACAAGAACUACAGCAAGCUUCAUCUAGGAGUCUUUCUAACACCCAGGAGAACGAGAAUGAUCUCUUCUUCCGACCACAUGGUGUUCAACAGCAGACGCCAUGGCUUUUCCUAGACCAAGAAACAACCGCCAAAACGGGUUGGAGUGCCUUCACUACGGCUUUGUCGUGGAUGGUCACGCAGACGAAUCGCGUGUUCUUUUCUUUUACCUUUGUGAUGAUGAUCCCCGCACUCUACACGUCGAUGGCACAGCCGGAGAAAAUCUACUCCUCAGUCUAUGUCUCCAGUUGCACGAUCAUGUUCAUCUACCUCGUCGUGGGGCUCUGCGGGUACUAUUGUUGUAGAUACCUUUAAGCUUGACUAUAAGUUUUAUAGUUCCUGGAUAAAGUACUAAAAGGUAGUUUGAAAAACGAAAUGUGGCUGCUAAGAUAAAAUCCAACCAACUGGAGUACAAUUCUCUUGUAAGAACUGAGUGAAAUAAGGUAUCUCUUUGUCCUCCAAACAUAGACUUUGCUCAAACUAAACGAAAUAAAGGUACAUCACAUACGGUCGCAACACCGGUGGUAGCAUUAUCGAGAGCAUGCGACAUGAGUACCACAAUGAGGUGAAUUUAAAACCCGCAGCUUCCUGGAUGGGUAUCGUGGUGGCGCUGAUGAUCAUCGUGAACGUGUUCAUUUCUUUCGCUCUGAUCAUGAACGGCACACUGCUACACAUCGAAAUGUACUGGUCCGGAGCCACGCGGCCAUCUGAAGUCCGCAGUGGCACUAGCAAGCUGGUUCGCACUCUUGUGGUGUGGCUCGCGGGUUUGGUUGUCUGGUCAGUCCCCUUUUUCACCCAACUAGUCGGAUUAGUUGCAGCCUUCGGUUGCGUGUUGACGCAAGUGCCAUAUCCGCUAGUGGCCUACUCCAGAGCCUACAAGGGUGAAAUUGGCAUGGGCGAGAAAGUCGUGCACAUCGUGCUGUACAUUUUCUGUUCUGUGUCGAUCGUGUUUGGUGCCGGCGAAGCGAUAUACGGCUUAGCGACGUCUGGCGUCCAGAGCAUGGCAGAAAAGUUCGGCUGUGCCGAACAAGCUGCGAUGGAACCUGCGCCAGAAGGGGCCAUGCGCUUCUGGACUUUCCUCCUGAAUUACCAAUUCUUUCAAAGCAGUUGAUUCAAUUCUAAACUACCCACCAACUACGACAACUUGAGCUUCGGCUCCUCUGCAUAACAUGGCAUAGAGACCUUGUUCCUGGCGACCUUGUUCAUUAGAUUUAGAUAUUAAGAAGAUAAGAAUUUAGAAGCCCAUACCUACUAAACUAUUUCUAUUUGUAUUUCUUGCUGAUCGAAAUAUUACCACAUAAUCGCGGCAUCACCAGUGUAAAUAAAUCCUUCACAUGAAGAAGCACUACAAUUUAUAGCACCUUUUCAUACUACAACUCAUACAACUACCUGCAUGACCUAACAACUUCAACUUUUUCAAACUAGAGCGUCUGCCACUUAAAGAAAUAAGUGAACUUCCUCGAAAAACUGAGAAACUAUCCUACAAAAUAGAAGUUACAUAGAGAAGAUAGAUGAAGAUAUUUUUAGCCUCAAUUUUGGAAGCCAAGAGACCACCUAACUUCAUGAAAGGGAUGUGUACGAACUUAGGAAACGCAAGCAAGAUCAAAGAAGACAGCGUGCAUCGUCGUCGGAGAAUAUUAACAAGGCGAAGUGCAGCAGUAUGAGAAUAUAGAAACACAUCCAUGCACACGAAGCUAUCAUGCAUGGACCUCGUGAAGCAUAUUCAUAUUCAUAGAAUGAAUCAUCUGCACCGUGGUUUGUUUCUUCGAAAAUUUUGGACAUGACACACUACUAGACCUCCGAGUUCGAGUUGUGCAGCCACAGUCAGCACUCGAUGACUGUUCCUGCGAAACGAGACGUUGCAAAUUGUUAGGCAUAGAAGACAUGGUUUAUUCCAAACGGAAGAGAUACAACGGAAGCUAGAUAGGAAAGGCACCGCACGACGACUAGGACGAGCUCGACGUCGACGAGCUAUGUAUUCAUUCAUGUACGUCAUAUGCGUUCAAUAUCUUAUGCAGUUUUUUUUGAGACUUCUUGACGAAGGUUCCUAAAGACAGAUUAGCUUAUAGGGCUUCUGCAGUUUUUGGGUUUUGUUAUGUACUUGGAACUCUGUUUCUCUUGGUCUUUCGCGUUUCUUUUGGACUAUCGUCUAAAAUCUGAUAAUGCUAGAGUAACUGAGGAGACUAUUUAUCUGGCAUCCUGCCGUUUCUAGAUAGUGAAGAAUGGAGGUUCCGAGGAGAUAGAAGCCACACCUAAAGUUAGAAGAUUGAAGCUUGGGAGGUAGAAGAUAGAGCAGCCAGAUCAAGAAGAUACAAAGUCAUUAAAUGACAGCAGUUGAAGAUUUCUUAUGCAUGCAUGAAGAUGUCUUAGAAGGUAUAGGAAUGAUCGUUGAGUAUACUUAGUGCAAUUUAUUGUAGUUUCGUCCUAUUAUGUUAGGAUUAUCCAUUAUUUUUUGGUGGCAGUUUGUUUAGGAUUUUCGUUUUAUGUUGAGACUAGGAAGACCGAGAAGUGAUGACGUAGAUGUUGGAAAGAGUUUAAAGGAUUUGCUUAUGAAGUAGUGAUUCCCUUGUAUGAUGAUGAUCUCUGAUGACCUAUGAUAUGCUGAUAUCCUAAAAAUAUCCUUGAAGAAUUUAGACAUGUAUGAACAAUCCCUCUUCUCAUAGAUUGUAACGACUCCCAGGCUGCUCAUAUCGGCGUGCGCGUCGCUGUUCCUUACUUAGAACAACAUGUGAUGUUGUCCCGUAUUUUCCUAUUUGUUCUAUCGACUAACACUGACUAAAAACACGUAACACGGACUGACACGUGAU